GAAAUGAAAAUGAAGAAAAGAAAAACAUGAAUUGAAACAUCGCUAGUAUGAGUAUGUAUGUAGUGUGUACUCAGUAACGGUCACAUGGAUUUUGCUAUUUCUCCAACCGUGAAAACAUUUACACCAACCACCACUCUUUGCUCCUACAUAUUCCGCUCCAAUAACAUGCAAUUCCAAGUAUCACUCAUCACUUGUUCUGUUCUACUAUAUCCUCUAUGCGUUAUGGAUACAUCAUGCAAGAAAUCUCCUUUGAAGCCAUGGAAGAAAGGGCCGACAAGGGGCAAAGGUGGCCCCCAAAAUGCUUCAUGUGAGUAUCGAGGCGUUCGUCAAAGAACAUGGGGAAAAUGGGUUGCUGAGAUAAGAGAGCCAAAGAAGAGAACUAGGCUAUGGCUUGGUUCUUUCGCCACGGCUGAAGAAGCUGCUAUGGCUUAUGAUGAGGCUGCAAGGAGACUCUAUGGACCAGAUGCAUACCUUAAUCUUCCUCACCUGCAACCUCAUCCUAUUUCAUCUAUCAAAACUGGAAAGUUCAAGUGGUUGCCUUCGAAGAAAUUCAUUUCAAUGUUUCCUUCUUGUGGACUACUCAACGUAAAUGCUCAACCUAGUGUUCAUUUAAUCCAUCAGAGGCUACAAGAGUUUAAGCAGAAUGCAGUUGCUGCAAGUCAAUCACUUUCUAGUUCAUCGGACGAUCCAAAGACAGAAGAAACUCAGAAUGUACUACAGAGCGAGAAGAAUCAUGCAACCCAGAAUGUACUAGACAGCAAAAAGAAUCAUGCAGAUGAUCCUCUUCAGGAAAAAGAUGUUCAGACAUCGGUGAAUAAGAUUGUUGGAGAUCUUCGGGAGGAGAAACCACAGAUAGACCUACAUGAGUUUCUUCAACAGCUGGGAGUACUGAAAGAAGAAACACACUCCUCAGAACAAACUGAGAGUUCAGGAAGUUCAACAGUGCAUGAAGCUGUGUCACGAGAUGACAAUGAUCAUUUGGGAAUAUUUUCAGACAUGAAUAUUAAUUGGGAGGCAUUGAUUGACAUGCAUGGAAUUGAAGAUAUUCAGGAAUCAGAAACCACCCAGCACGAAGCAUUUGACCCGAAUGACCAGCUUAAUUUCUCAACUUCCAUUUGGAAUUUUUAAGAAACUUAGCUGGUCUGUCAAGAAAAGAGGAACUACCUUAGCUAUAGCUUAUAUGAAGUUGAAAUCUAGUUGGAUAUGGUACUCUACUUAGUAACUCAGCCUAAGCUUUAGAUCAGACUGUUUUGGUUCUGCUAGUACUCAAUUGCUGUUUGUCUUAUGUGUGCUGAAUUUCAAUCUAUUGACUGCAAUUUAAGAGUAGGAAAGUAGCUAGGAAAGUGCUUAUUUAAAUAGUUGUAGUGGCACAGAACAUGUCACAUUCACGCAAUAAUGUAACAAAAUUUUAAGAUUUUGACAGAAGAACUUUAAAUUAAAAGUGA